CUCUUGCUUCUUAACCCAUUCUACCUACACUUUUCCCACCACCACACGCCUACCUCACUCACACGCUGCUUUUCCAUACCCUACCCAACACACUGCAUAUCCCAAAGUCGUAAACAAGUAAUAAGCCGCAUUCACCAUGGCCAACGCUUCCAGGAAGGAGAUCCUCUCCAAGGUCUACAAGAUGGUUCCGCCCAUGCUUGAGAGCUUCCACAAGGGGCAAUUGGGCCGCGUAGGCGUCAUUGGCGGCAGCGAGGAUUACACAGGCGCGCCGUACUUCUCGGCCAUGGCAUCGGCGAAGCUGGGCUGUGAUAUGUCGCACGUCAUCUGCGAGCCUGGCGCCGGCGCCGUCAUCAAGACGUACAGCCCGAACCUAAUGGUGCACCCGUACAUGCGGCAAGCCAAGAACCUGGGCAGCAACGAGAGCGCCGAAAGCGUCGCCGAAGAAGUCAUCGGCAUGCUCUCGCGGCUGCACGUGAUAGUGAUCGGGCCCGGGCUAGGGCGCGACAGCCUGAUGCAAGACACGUGCGCGCGGGUGAUCCAAGAAGCGCGCAAGAAGAACCUGCCCUUCGUGCUGGACGCGGACGGGCUGUUCCUCGCGCAAACCCGGCCCGAGCUCGUCCACGGCUACAAAGAGUGCAUCCUGACGCCGAACGUGGUCGAGUUCGGGCGGCUUGCCAAAGCCAAGGGCCUCGAUGUCAGCGAGGGCGCGCCCGAGACGGUGUGCGCGCGACUCGCCAGCGCGUUCGGCGGCGUCACCAUCAUCCAGAAGGGCAAGGUCGACUACAUCAGCAACGGCGAGCAGACGCUCGUGUCCGAGGGCGAGGGCGGCUACAAGCGCUCGGGUGGCCAGGGCGACACGCUGACGGGCAGUCUGGCGACGCUGCUGGCGUGGCGCGCUGCCUACCUCGACAAGAUCUGGGACCAUGAUGGCGACUUGGGCGCCGCGGAGUUGCUCACGCUCGCUGCCUAUGGCGGCAGCACUAUCACCCGUGAAUGCUCGCGCAUCGCGUUCAAGGACAAGGGCCGCGCGCUGCAGGCGGGUGAUUUGACCGAGCAUGUGCACCAGGCUUUCUUGAACACGGUGGGCGAGCCGGGCGCCAAGCCUAACAUGUGAAAGGAUAGAACAGAGAGUCGGAAAAGCAGGCUGUAGAGCAGAGCAGUAGUCUGCCUGCCUGCGUGCUUACUUAGGCAGGGAAUGAGUAUGACGGAUACGACUUUGUACUAUACACGACUUUUUUAUUAAAGUAAUUCAGCGGCUUGCGUUUCGUUUUUUCUCUAGCACUGUUUGUUGGUUGUGGUUGUGAUGGGAU